UGAACUGUUCUGCGCAGCUCCAGAGCCCCCAAGUUUAGACAGGAGGGGUGAGACUUUGUGAAAUAUGGCACUGGUGCUGAGCAGGGGGGGCCUCAAGGCGUCCUCAGGAUUUUUCGGUGGAUUAUGUAAGGCUUCGCAGAAGAGUCACGAAGUCACUCAAGUUGCCUUCAUCUCGGGCAAGAAAUUGCGAGAGAAUCGACCCCCUCGUCCCCCUCCAUUCGACUACAGAAACAAUAGAUACAGGGCAUGGCACGUGUGGUGGGAUCCAAUGGAGAAGCGUUUCGACGAAAAUACGAAGGUGAUCGUAGUCGAAGGCCUCCCAGGAGUGGGCAAGGCCAAGUUCUGCAAAAAGCUAGCUGAGGAACUGGAGAUGUACCACUUUCCUGCGAUAACAUUCGACGAUAUUCACAUCGACGAUCACGAUUUCGACUACAGAAUAUUGAAUCCAAAACUGCCCCCCGACGCUCAGUUCGUCGAUAUCAAUACUUUCCUGAAGGACCCCACGGGGAGGAACAGCACUGUGAUACAGGUUCACCAGUAUGUGCUCAGGUACCUCACGUACAUCGACGCUCUCGCUCAUGUCCUGAACACUGGGGAUGGAGUUGUGGUGGAGAGGUCACCCUGGUCCGAUCGAGCCUUCGCAAAGGCCAUGGAAGUAUGCGGCUACAUGCCUAAGAGGGGGCUGGACUACUACCAGAGUUGCAACUUCAUCAGUCUGCAUCGACUCCUCAGACCGCAUUUAUGUAUUUACCUUGAUGUUCCAGUCGAUGCUGUCAAGGCUAAAAUUCAAAAAAGAUGUCGUCCUUACGAAAAAGAUUCUCCAGCCCUGACAACACAGUAUCUCAGCGAGAUCGAACGCAAUUACAAAGAGCUCGUCCUGCCAGACAUAUCGAGGCACGCUCAUCUUCUCGUUUAUGAUUGGGAGAAUGAGGGUAUCAUAGAGGACGUGGUGGAUGAUAUUGAGGCACUAGAGUGCGACCCAAAAAUGCUGAAGGAUCAUGGGGACAAGCUGCUGGACUGGCGUUUCCCCACCCUUGAUGAAAUCCGUGGUGCCAGAACUCUGUUCACCAAUCAGAGGAAUCAACUCGCCAUCGGCUGCAUCGCUAACAGGUGGGACGUUCCUGAGGUCCUGAGGAGUGGACAAUCUAGCGCCAAGCUUGACGAAGUCCUUGAGGAACUCUACGAUGAGGAUCCGGGCAAGAAGUACGCCCGUGGAUUCGAUCCAAAGAGGAACAAAGGUGUUCUAUGGAAGAUCAAGGACUCCGGCGACGAUUAUAUCCGCAAAUCUAAUAAAGUCAAAGUUGAGUAAAAUUAUACAAAAUUUUCGCAACAAAGGAAAACAUUUCUCUGUCGAAUAAUGAAGUAAAUGUUGUAGUGCUCUGCUGGGGGAUUACGAAAACCCCCAGCUGUAUAUCUACUAUGCUGUACAGUCGAUUUCAUUAAACUUAAUGUAAAAAAAUA